CCUCCUCAAUAUAUAGAGGCUUCAGUUCCCCUGCUUUCUCCCAAUCCUUAACUCCUCUCUUUUUCUCUCUUCUCUUCUCUUUAUUUCUCUUACUGGUGGAUUUAUCAGAAGUUUUAACUGAUAAAUCGUACCAACAUUGCCAUUUUUUCCUUAAUUAAUCUACUCUUUUGUGUAGAUUAGUGGCAAUUAAGUUUAACCCUUUUUGUAAUUAGCAAAACAGAUCUCUCUCUGUGUUGUGCUUAUAUACUCCACUGGGGUUGGUUUUCUUAACUGAAACACUUGUUUUUUUACAUAUAAAGUUCUUUAUGGAGAAGCUUUUCAGGCUCAUUUCAAUAGCUCCUCUGCUGUUGCUCCUUGGUCUUCCUUUUGCCUUGGCUGGCCAUGACUAUGGUCAAGCGCUUAGCAAAAGCAUUCUCUUCUUUGAAGCUCAAAGAUCUGGUUAUCUUCCCCAUAACCAGAGAGUCACUUGGAGAGCAAAUUCUGGUCUAAACGAUGGUAAAGCCAGUGGGGUGGAUCUUGUUGGUGGAUAUUAUGAUGCAGGGGACAAUGUAAAAUUUGGAUUACCUAUGGCUUUUACCGUUACAAUGAUGUCCUGGAGUAUAAUAGAGUAUGGGAAACAAAUGGCUGCUAGUGGUGAACUUGGUCAUGCCAUGGCUGCUGUUAAGUGGGGAACUGACUACUUCAUUAAAGCUCAUCCGGAACCCUAUGUUCUCUAUGGGGAGGUGGGAGAUGGUAACAGUGACCACUAUUGCUGGCAAAGACCAGAGGACAUGACCACCGACCGGCGGGCUUACAAGAUCGACCCAAGUAAUCCUGGGUCAGAUCUCGCCGGUGAAACAGCCGCUGCAAUGGCUGCCGCCUCCAUCGUUUUCCGCCGCACUAACCCGGCCUACGCCAAUGAGCUUCUCGCCCACGCACAUCAGCUAUUUGAUUUUGCAGACAAAUAUAGAGGCAAGUAUGACAGCAGCAUCACUGUUGCACAGAAAUACUAUCGUUCCAUUAGUGGAUACAAUGAUGAGUUGCUCUGGGCAGCUGCCUGGUUAUAUCAGGCAACUAACAAUCAAUACUACUUGAGCUACCUUGGAAACAAUGGUGACUCUAUGGGUGGAACUGGAUGGGGAAUGACUGAAUUUGGCUGGGAUGUGAAGUAUGCCGGGGUUCAAACUCUUGUUGCCAAGUUCUUGAUGCAAGGUAAAGCUGGCCAUUAUGCACCGGUUUUCGAGAGGUACCAACAGAAAGCUGAGUACUUCAUGUGUUCAUGCAUUGGAAAGGGUAGCCGGAAUGUUCAGAAAACUCCUGGUGGCCUCAUUUUCCGCCAGAGAUGGAAUAAUUUGCAGUUUGUGACCAGUGCUUCUUUCCUGGCUACUGUCUACUCUGAUUAUCUUGCUUCUGCUGGUAGAAGCAUGAGUUGUGCUUCUGGGAAUGUUGCGCCAUCCGAGCUUAUCUCUUUUGCAAAAUCUCAGGUAGAUUAUAUUCUUGGAGACAACCCAAGAGCUACAAGUUAUAUGGUGGGUUAUGGAAACAACUAUCCAAGACAAGUUCACCACCGCGGUUCCUCAAUUGUUUCCAUUAAGGUUGAUUCUAAAUUUGUGAGCUGUAGAGGUGGUUAUGCCACUUGGUAUGGCAGGAAAGCAAGUGAUCCUAAUCUCCUUACUGGUGCUAUUGUCGGUGGCCCUGAUGCCUACGAUAACUUUGCUGAUGAAAGAGACAAUUAUGAGCAAACGGAGCCUGCUACCUACAACAAUGCUCCUAUUAUUGGGAUAUUGGCAAGACUAAAUGGUGGUCAUGGGGGCUAUAACCAACUUCUUCCAGUGGUGCUUCCAGCUCCUGGCCAACAGAAAUCAAAUCCACAGCCAAAAGUAACUCCAGCUCCAGCUUCAAAUUCUGCCCCAAUUUCCAUAGAGCAGAAGAUGACAACUUCAUGGAAUGCCAAAGGAAAAACUUACUACAGAUAUUCUACUAUUGUGACCAACAAGUCUGCUAAGACUUUGACAGACCUCAAGCUUUCAAUAUCUAAGCUUUAUGGCCCGAUAUGGGGUGUCACGAAGUUUGGAAAUUCUUAUGCUUUUCCGACAUGGCUCAAUUCUUUACCUGCCGGAAAAAGUCUUGAGUUUGUUUAUAUUCAUUCAGCCUCUGCUGCAGAUGUCUCAGUUUCAAGCUACACUUUGGCCUGAAAAGAAAGUAAAAUCAAUUACAUAAACAAGAGACAGGUUGGCAUAGCUUGUGGGGAUAUAAUGUAAUUGUGCAGCUAUACAAAAAAAUGCAGUCCAGAAAGGUCUUUUUUUUUUUUUUUUUCCUACACCUUUUCUUCUAAAUUUGGGAAUUUCAUCUUGUUGAUUUGGCAUCUGGUUAGGGUUUAGUGAUUUUAGGGUAAAUAAGGUCGGAAUGUUGGAGGAAGAAAGGAGUGAAGAGACAAUUAAAAAGAAAAGUGCUCAUCCUCUUUCUCCUCCUCUUCAGUACUUCACUAGUUCAUAUAGAUAUGUUUGAGAGAGAGAGAGAAGAUUAAAAGAGGUCAAAAAAUGGACUUCUCAAUAGAUUUAAAUGGAAGUCUUGUUCCUUUCUUUGUACUUGGAAACAGCUUUGAAUGUUCCCUUUUUGGGUUGUAAGCUCUGCAACAAUUUUUAACUUCCCGUAUGAAUAUAGUUUGAAGUUCUAUCUUGUUUU